AAACAGGUUUCGCUUAGGAAGUAACUAAACAGCACUCAGAGAAGUAAGGGAAUAAGAGAGCACAAGUCAACAUAUAACCAUGCAGAGCCCAGCAUCUAGAGGCCGCACAUUGUCAGAAGAGCAGUUUUCAUGCUCCAUUUGUCUAGAAGUUUUUGUGGAGCCUGUCUCAACGCCAUGUGGACAUAGCUUUUGCAAGGCUUGCCUGCAGGGCUUCUGGAACCACAGCAACAAGAUCCUGUGCCCAAUGUGCAAGAAGACCUUCUCCAAAAAACCCGAGCUAUGUGUGAACCGUGUUCUUGCUGAGAUUGCAGAGCAGUUCCAAGGCAUUUCUGUUGCUCAAGUGGCGGGUGCUGAAGGGGUGGCUUCACCAAAACCUGAAAAAAAAGAUGAGGACAGCGGUGAGUACGCCAAAUCCGGUGAUAUUCCAUGCGAUGCCUGCAUUGGGAGAAAGCUGAAGGCCUUGAAGUCUUGCUUAAGUUGUCCAGGAUCCUUCUGCGAAGGCCACCUGCGGCAGCACAAAAAGGUGAAGGCAAUGGCUAAGCACAAGCUAGUGGAACCUAUCCAUCACCUGCAGGAAAAGGUGUGUAAAAAGCACGAGCGCCUCUUGGAUGCCUACUGUCGCAAGGAGCAUGUGUGCGUGUGCCGAGAGUGCGCCGAGGUUGCACAUAAGUCACACAAUAUAAUCUCAGUGGAACGUGAAUAUAAGAAGCUAUCGAAUCAACUGGAGAUGAGACGAUCUGAGCUGAAACAUCUGAUUAAAGACAGAGUCAAGAAACUGGAAGAGAUCAAGCAGUCCAUUGCAGUUAUCAAAUCGAGCAGUCAGCGGGAGAUAGAGGAGAGCUGGGCUGUGUUCGCUGAGCUGCAAAGGCUGCUGGAGCAAAGUCAGGCCCAAUUGGUGGAACAUAUCACAUACCGGCAGAAGCUGGCUGAGGAGCAGGCACGAGAUUUGGCUAGCCGUCUGGAGCAUGAGCUUAACAUGCUCAAAAACAGGAGCAGUGACCUGGACGUCCUCGCAAAUACCCAGGACAAAGUGCUCUUCCUGCAGCUCUUGCCCAGUCUUCCUCCCCCACCUGAACCAAGUGACUGGACAGGUGUGUCUGUGAACACUGACUUGUACCUGGGCACUAUCAGGAAGUCUGUCUCUUCACUCAUAGAGAAGUUCCAGGAAGAGAUGAAGCAUCUGUAUGGGAAAGAACUGAAAAAAAUGCAGAGUUACACAAGCGAGGUGCUUUUGGACCCAUCUACAGCACAGCGAAACCUGGUUGUUUCUGAGGAUGGUCGUCAGGUUUAUUAUGAAGAGGGCCGGAAAGGCUCAUCCCAGUCAGACAACCCGCGUCGCUUCAGCCCGGCCCUGUUUGCCCUUGCUCGUGAAGGCUUCUUCUCUGGUAGGCACUACUGGGAAGUGGACAUGGGUCGGAAGACAGCAUGGACCCUGGGAGUGGCUCUGGCAUCUGCUCGACGCAAAGGAGAUAUCCGUCUCAAUCCUGAAGGUGGUUUCUGGUGCUUAUGGCUAAAAAACAGUGAGGUAAAAGCUCUGGCCUCAAGCAGGAUUCCUCUUCAACUGGCCACGCUGCCACAGAAGGUGGGUAUCUACUUGGACUUUGAGGGAGGACAGGUUUCAUUCUAUGAUGUAAAGGCACAGUCUCACCUUUACACAUUCAUGGACACGUUUGAUGAAGGUGUGUACCCUAUUUUUAGCCCAUGUGGCAAUCAAGAGGGAAUAAAUUCAGGAGUGCUGUCCAUCACAUCUGUAAAACAUAAACUGGAGUCAGCUGUGUCGCCUGUCACUGCAGUACAACACUCGCUUUACACAAGGGCCUCUCCGCAGUUCCAGCUUCCUGGAAUGGCUUCUCCUACAAGCAUGCUAGCAGAAGAGCAGGUCCAUUGUUCCAUCUGCUUGGAUGUCUUCACCAAUCCAGUGUCCAUCCCCUGUGGCCACAACUUCUGCAUGGCCUGCAUUAGAGGCUACUGGAGGACCAGUUCCUUCUUCAUGUGCCCCAUGUGCAAAAAAACCUUUUUCAAGCAGCCAGACAUUAGCAUCAACACAGUGCUACGUGAGAUUGCAGAGCAGUUCAAGGAAAUGAGAAUAAGGCCUUUGCUACAGCUGCAACAUGAGUCAGAGGAGCUACCAGAAGAGCUGCACUGGGAUAUACCAGAAUUGAUUCCACCAAGUGGGUCUUUGAUUGAGGGGGUGUGUUGUGAUGUCUGUACUGGAUCUCAGAAACGGGCUGUGAAGUCCUGCCUGGUGUGCCUCACUUCAUAUUGUGAGGAACAUCUAAAGACCCACACAUCAAGAUUCACUAAACACAAACUGAUCGAGCCAGUGCAGAAUUUGGAAGACCGCAUGUGUAAGAAGCACGAGAGGCUCCUGGAACUGUUUUGUAAGAAAGAUCAGAUCAUGGUGUGUGUGCUAUGUACAGAGAUGGACCACAGGGCACAUUACACCGUGCCAGUUGAACGAGAAUGGAGUGAGAAAAAGGCUCUGCUGAGAAAAACAGAAGCAGAGGUUCAGCAAAUGAUCCAGGAACGACUUAAGAAGGUGGAGGACAUCAAACACUCCAUCAAUCUGAACAAAGAAAGUGCUCUUAGGGAAAUUGAAGACAGUGUGCAGGUGUUCACAAACUUGGUCCGUAUGGUUCAAAAAGCCCAGGCCGAGCUUGUUCUCUCCAUAGAAGAGAAGCAGAGGAAAACAGCAUGCCGGGCUCAGGAACUCAUCGAGGAACUAGAACAGGAGAUCGCUAUGCUGAAGACAAGAAACAGUGACAUUGAUAAUCUUGCUCACACUGAUGACCACAUUUACUUUCUACAGAAUCUAUCAUCUCUAAUCACAUAUCCACAAACUAAAGACUGGUCUGAGGUCCAUGUGUCUACAGAUCAGUGUUUGGGGACAAUCCGGAGAGCUGUUUCCAAAUUGGAGGAAACCCUAACAGAAGAGAUAGGGAAACUUGCAGAAACUGAGCUGAAGACUGUUCAGAAGUACUUAAUGGACGUGACCCUUGAUCCGGACACAGCCAAUCCUUGGCUGCAGCUCUCUGAGGACAGGCGACAGUUGCGUCACCUGGGGUCAUGGCAAGACCUGCCUGACACACCAGAGCGUUUUGACACAGUGGUCAUAACCCUAGGCUGUGAAGGUUUCAACUCUGGUCGGCAUUACUGGGAGGUCCAAGUGGGUGAAAAGGACGACUGGUAUCUAGGUGUUGCCAGAGCUUCUGUCAAAAGAAAAGGGCGCAUUGCUAUAAGCACGAGUCAAGGCUAUUGGGCAUUGGCUAUGAAGAAGGGACAGGAGUACAGAGUCUCCUCAUCCCCACCUCUUAUUCUGCCUGUCAAUACCAAGCUAAAAAGAGUGGGUAUCUAUGUGGACUAUGAAGAGGGGCAAGUGUCCUUUUAUGAUGCAAUGUCAAAAAGUCACAUCUAUACUUUCAUGGACUCGUUCCAAAAGAAAAUUUAUCCAUUCUUCUACCUGUACUGCUGUGAUAAGGUCUCAGACAUAGUCAGCAUCUGUCCAGUGAUGGAGAUAACACACAACAAGCAGAGCUGAACAUUAAGUACGUUUGAACAAGUUUAAAUUGAAUUUUUGGAUUUUUUUUUUUUUUUAAACAUAAACUUCCUAGUGGUUGUCUUUCUUGUUUUAUGAAAGAGUUGAUAUGAUGUUUUUGUGCUUUAAACUGACACCUAGUGGCUGAAGUGUAGUGAAGCAUCGUUAUCACCCCUGUUAUUGGAAUUUGUGUGCCUAGAAGUGUCAAUAACCUAACAAUAAUAAUAACUCAGUACUUAAUAUCAAUAAGGGUCAGUAAGUGAAAGGGAUGAUUUUAAAGCCAAGUUUUUAAUAUUGAGCAAAUAAAAAUGUUUUAAAUGUAUGUUAUGGGAUUGGGUUUCGCAGUAUCUCCUUCCAGUACCAACCAACCGACUUAUUUUCACAGAUGCUGGCAACUGACAAUUAGUGUAAUCAAUGAUUGUUAGGCCUUCAGUGACACAGAGUAAUGAUUAAACAUCCCAGUGCUGUUGUGCUAUAUAUCAACACUCAUGAAACGCCUCACAUCCAAUCAGAUUACUCAGGCGGAACUGACUGCUGUAUAAAUAACUAUUAGCUAGUUAGUUGGUUAUACUAAUAAUAUAAAAUCUGCAAUUAAAUUACAGUAUUUGGCUAAAA